AUAGUUUUAGCAUAUUUAAAAAAAAAACUGUUUUUUUUUAAAAAAAAAAAUAGAUCCUUUUUUUGAAAAAUUAGAUUUAGGUCAAAAUUUUCUUUUUAAUAAUUGAGCACUCCGCUGUUAUUAUUUUAUUAUUUGGUAAAACAAAAUGCGGACUUGUUAUUAUGAACUUCUUGAAGUAGAUCGAAUAGCAUCUGGAGAAGAGAUAAAAAAGGCAUACCGUAAGAAAGCUUUAGAAUGGCAUCCUGAUAAAAAUUACUAUAGGGUUGACGAGGCUACAAAAAAAUUUGCUCUUAUUCAAGAAGCUUACGAUGUUUUAUCUGACCCUCACGAACGUGAAUGGUAUGAUGGUCAUCGAGACGCCAUUCUAAGAGAAGAUGAUGAUAUUUAUGAACUCGAUGAUGAUUGUGAUGAAAGCAGUUCAAGAUGGGGAUUUAGAACUAGUGUUCAAGGUACUAGAACUGAAGAUCUAAUGAGAUUCUUUACUAAAGCGUGUUAUCAAGGAUUUGAUGACAGUAAAACGGGAUUUUAUACGGUGUAUAGAAAGUUAUUUGAAAAAUUAGCGGAGGAAGAAGAUGAUGCUUAUUCUCAUGAUCGUGGUGAAGAUGCUGGCGAUUUUCACCCAUAUCCAUCAUUUGGUGAUAGCACUACACCAAUUGACUUAAAUGACUCGAAAGAUGGGAAUCCGAUUAAAAAUUUUUAUACUUCAUGGUUAAAUUUCUCCACCCAGAAAAGUUUUAAAUGGUUUGAUAAAUAUAAAUUAUCGGAGGCACCUGAUCGAAUUUUAAAGCGAAGAAUGAAAAGUGAAAAUAAAAAAUCGCGAGAUGCUGCUCGUAAAGAAUACAACGACACCGUGAGGGAAUUGGUUGAAUACGUGAAGAAGAGAGAUCCACGUUACAAAGAGAUUACAGCACUCGCGGAAUUAAAAAGAGAGGCAAAGGUUGCAGAAGCUAAAUCAAAAGCCGCGCGUGAACGCGCAGAACGUAUUGCUAAAUUACGGGAAUAUCAAGAGCAAGACUGGACAAAAAUAGAUGAAGGGGAUGAGGAGGAGGAGGAAGAUUUUGAAGAUGAACCACCAGAUGAUGAAUAUUUUUGCGUGGCAUGUAAUAAAAGUUUCAAAAAUGAAAAUGCGUGGAAAAAUCACGAAAAAAGUAAAAAGCAUAUUAAAAGCGUCGAAUUAUUAAGGGAAGAGAUGUUCGAAGAAGAUGAAGAACUAAUAAGUAAUGUAGAUACAUCAAAAUCUAAUGAUGAUAUUUUUACGUUACAAAAUGGUCAUCAAGAUAUAAAAUUGGACACACAGGACAUUAAAUAUGACGAAGAGGUAGAGAAUGAUUUAUUCUCUCAUGAGAAAGAAUCUAAAAAGAACAAGAAACAAAAGAAGAAACAGAAGACUCCUAAUUGGGGUCAUGCUGAUGAAGAGUUAAAAAUAAAUAUUACGAAAGAAAUUUUUCACAAAAACAGCAUAUCAGAAGAGACACUAAACGAAGAAGAUAAUGAUUUGUCUGAAAUAUUAGAAAGAACAAAGAUAACUUCCCGUGGAGGCUUCGAGUCAGAUGAAGAAUCGGGAGCAACGCCAUACUUCAGGUGAUUCAUUUUUCUUUUUGUAUUCUCAUGAUAUAUUUUUUAUAUUAUAUUUCUAAAAUUUUCCUUCUAUAGAAUAAAUGUAACGUAUGUUCACAGACAUUUCCCACCAGAAAUAAGUUGUUUGACCAUAUCAAGUUGACUAAUCACGCCCUAGCGGAAUCACUUAGUUCAGGUAAAAAGAAAAAGAAAAAAGUAAUGUAACCCAAAAUUUUUUCAAUUAACAACUCAACUAAUAAACAUUUAAAAAGAGCGUCACAUAAAUUAUUUAUGAAAUUCUCGAACCUUAAUUUUCAAUUAGAAUGCUCGUUCAUAGAUAAAUAUAAAUUUAUGAAGAAACCAUUUUCCGUUUUUUUUAAGAUUAGUGAAACAUGAGACGGGCGUAUAAUAAUAAAUAAACUGGAUUUACCCGAAAACGGAAAAAAUUUCGAAUUUUCUUACAAUA